CUGAAGUUGACCUCCGGGCCCCGAACCGCGGGCGAAAAUGGCGGCGGCCAGGUGUUGGAGGUUUGCGCUGCGCGCUCCGGGGCCUUCCUUACACACUGCGGCUGAGGCCGUAGCCACGGCUCCAGAAUCGACCGGCCCAGAUGUCGCGGCCACCCCCGUCGCGCGGUACCCGCCGAUUGUGGCCUCCAUGACAGCCGACAGCAAGGCUGCCCGACAGCGGCGGGUGGAGCGCUGGCAGGCUACGGUGCACGCGGCGGAGUCGGUGGACGAGAAGCUGCAAAUCCUCACCAAGAUGCAGUUCAUGAAGUACGUGGUUUACCCGCAGACCUUCUCCCUGAACGCCGACCGCUGGUACCAGGGCUUCACCAAGACCGUGUUCCUGUCCGGUCUGCCGCCACCGCCCGCGGAGCCCGAACCCGCGCCGGGGCUGGACCUGGCGGCGCUGCGGGCCGCUGCCUUCGACUGCCUUCUGCAGGAGCACUUCUACUUGCGGCGCAAGAGGCGCGUGCACAGCCACCAGGAGCGUGAAAUCAUAACUUCGCCGUUUCUAGAUCAGCUGGUGGCCACCCUCCUGGGCCUGCUCAGCCCGCACAACCCGGUCCUGGCCACUGCCGCCCUCGAUUAUAAACGCUCAGUUAACUUUUACUGGUUGUGUGGUGAAGAAAUUAUUCCCCGUGGUCAUAGAAAAGGUCGAGUGGAUGCUUUGCGAUACCAAAUAAAUGAUAAACCACACAACCAGAUCCGCAUAUCCAAGCAACUGCCAGAGUUUGUGCCAUUGGAUUAUUCUGUUCCUAUAGAAAUCCCUGUUAUGAAAUGUAAACCAGAUACACUUCCAUUAUUCAAACGACAAUAUGAAAACAGCAUAUUUAUUGGCUCUAAAACUGCAGAUCCAUGCUGUUAUGGCCACACCCAAUUUCAUCUGUUACCUAGCUUUUUAAAAAGGGAAAGGCUUUUGAAGCAAAACCGUGCUGAUCAAAUAGAAGUUGUUUUUAGAGCUAAUGCUAUAGCAAGCCUUUUUGCUUGGACUGGAGCACAAGCUAUGUAUCAAGGAUUCUGGAGCGAAGCAGAUGUUACUCGACCUUUUGUCUCCCAGGGCGUGAUUACAGAUGGAAAAUACUUUUCCUUUUUCUGCUACCAGUUAAAUACUUUGGCAUUGACUGCACAAGCUAAUCAAAAUAACCCUCGUAAAAAUAUAUGUUGGGGGACACAAAGUAAGCCUCUUUAUGAAACAAUUGAAGAGAAUGAUGUGAAAGGUUUUAAUGAUGAUGUUCUACUUCAGAUAGUUCAAUUUCUACUGAAAAGACCAAAAGAGGACAAAUCACAGCUGUUGGAAAACUAAGAAAACACAUUUGAUUCAGGACUUUGGGAAUAUUUAAAUUUCACUGAAGGAACAAUAAUGAUGAGACUUGUAACUGUCAAAUAUUAAAAGCAUUGAUUUUUGAGACAAA